UCCCCGCUCUAAGCCCCGCGACAGGUUCCAGACUGCGCAAGCUAAGCGAUAGCAAGAGUGAUGCUCUUGCAUAGCUGAGCACUUCACUCGUCCGAACCACGUCGAACCACUUCGUAUUGGAACCUCGGACCUGGAGCCUUGUGCCAAAGUACCAUCGAGGAUAACAGUCCACUUAAGAAGAAUUUUGGCCUCGAGGUGUCCAUCUCCGAAUGGCGAGCGUUCUCGUGGAUGGACCUGGCUGGUUAGGCGGUGCUGGUGACUUUGGGUUGUCAGAGUGUAGCUCACGGAGGGAAUUCACGUACAUGGCCGACGCAGAGUUGUGAAUCUUCUUAUUGAUGCUUUGGGUCUAGCGCCAGAUCUUUUGAGGGUCAGAGCCCGUGAUGAUCGAGAAUUACGAGGCGACAAGGCGUACGUAGGCCCUUUCGAUGUUGCGCAGGGUUGGCGAUCGAGGGGUGACGGCUGCGUACGUGGUCAUGAUUUUCUGGUUUAAGAGAGGCAGAGGCGGUUGCCGUGCAUGUGUUUCUGGGCUGGACUGUCGCCAGUGGACCUCGAGGUGGGGACGUUGUUCUCGUGCCGAGCACCAUCCGACAGCCUCCAGGAGCUAUAAAAGGCGGCAGUGCAAGCAAGCUCGUGCCCAGCAGAUCAUCAUAAUCUGACUCAGUGAGCGGUGACUGCUCAGAGUAGAGACGGAGUACGAGGAGGGCGCAAAUUGUCUCUCUACAUUCGAGUCAAGAAGCGACGAGGGGACGUACCGUAGUAAUGGCUAGUAGAAUCGCGCAGCUUCAGCAUGUCCAUCAUCUGAGGACCGGGCUUCGCGGGCUGGCCCGGGCUCUGGGAGGAAUUUCUCGUACAACAGAGGGCAUGUCGAGAGAUCUCCAUGAAGUCCCGUCUUCGAGGCGCCACGCUCAGACGGUGACAGCAGGGACGGAGCCGACGUUGAGAAUUGCCAAAGAUGCCACCGCUUUGGUGGGACGGACUCCCAUGGUCUUUCUCAGCAAGAUAUGUGAACACUUCGGCGUCAAAGCUAAGAUUGCUGGAAAAGUGGAGAGCAUGCAGCCUUUAUCAAGUGUGAAGGAUCGUAUUGGACUCGCCAUGAUCCAAGAUGCUGAAGCCAAGGGAUUGAUAUCACCUGGAAAGACAACUUUGGUCGAGCCGACUUCAGGUAACAUGGGGAUCGCACUUGCGUUUCUUGCGGCCUCCUUGGGUUACAGGCUCAUUUUGACAAUGCCCGCUUACACCAGCCUUGAGCGCCGCGUUGUACUGCGCUCUCUUGGAGCCGAAUUAGUUCUUACGGACCCAACCAAAGGGAUGGGCGGUACCGUUGCAAAGGCUCAUGAAGUCUUGGCGAGGACCCCCAAUUCUCAUAUGCUUCAACAGUUCGAGAACCCCAACAAUCCCAAGGUUCAUUAUGAAACUACCGGCCCUGAAAUCUGGGAGGACACAGCUGGCAAGGUAGAUAUCUUUAUUGCUGGAAUUGGCAGCGGGGGAACUGUAACUGGCGUUGGAAAAUAUCUGAAGGAGAAGAAUCCGAACGUGAAGAUAUAUGGUCUUGAACCUCUCGAAAGCAACAUUCUCAAUGGAGGAAAACCAGGUCCUCACCAGAUUACAGGAACGGGAGUAGGCUUCGUUCCGGGCAUUUUGGACGUGCCCAUGAUGGAUGGAGUUGUCGAGGUUGCUAGCGAAGAGGCUAUCAAGAUAGCAAGACUUCUUGCAUCAAUGGAAGGCAUCCUGGCUGGAAUAUCUGCAGGUGCAAACACAGCAGCAGCUAUCAGGCUGGGGAAGAUGCCUGAGAAUGAAGGAAAACUUAUAACUAUCAUCAUUCCGAGCACCGGAGAGCGGUAUCUGUCGACAAAUCUGUUUUCUUCCUUGAAAGAUGAAUGCAUGGCGAUGGAAUUUGAACCUUGAUGCUUUACACCAACGAAGCGGAGUCGUCAAUCAUAAACAUGUAUAGACGCAGAAAUACGGGAAACGAGCUCUAGGGUUGUAAAGGGUUUGGCUAUCAGUUUAGCAGUAACCUGCAGACAUCAAUGCCAAGUGCAAGAGAAAUCUUAAAGCUAUGAUAGAAAAAAUUCAGGAUGUCAAUUCCGAUGGUCUGCAAGGUAUGCAGUAAUAAAUUGAAGUACACAACUUGACCACAUUCAGAGUAUGGUUGCAAUUCUCUCUCUGCUAGCACGGAUGAUGCAACUUGUGAAAUACCUCUUUCCAUUUUAUACAAUGUGCACUUCGAGAGGUGGAAUAGUACCGUGCAAAAAGGCUUCGUGUACCGUGUCAUGCAUAUUUGAGCUCUGAUUGAAAAUUCGCACUUCAAUGGAAAUAGUCUUGUGAUCUAUGUCUACUCAACGCACUGAAUUGUGAUGUAGCUGAUAAAAUGUCCACAUUGAAGCACCUCACCCGCGUCGGAAAUCUGGAAUCUGUUUAGAGUGCCAAGUCGCUACGACCUGUGAGUGAGAGAGAGAGAGAGAGAGAGCUCUUCCGUGGAGGAGUGAAGAACUGCAGGUGUGAAAAGACGGAUCUGCAAUAAAUCUGCCCAUUUGCUUCAAACGAUUCAAGAAGUAGCUUUCAAUUCAG